CAGUACGCCCAGGCCCUGGCCCAGUUCAUCCGCAGCCAGAGCAUCCGGGAGCUGAAGGUCUGGACCAGCCACAUGAAACGCACCAUCGAGACGGCCGAGGCCCUGGGGGUGCCCUACGAGCAGUGGAAGGCCCUCAACGAGAUCGACGCCGGCGUCUGCGAGGAGAUGACCUACGAGGAGAUCCAGGAGCGCUACCCCCAAGAAUUCGCCUUACGCGACCAGGACAAAUACCGCUACCGCUACCCCAAGGGCGAGUCCUACGAAGACCUGGUGCAGCGGUUGGAGCCCGUCAUCAUGGAGCUGGAGCGGCAGGAGAACGUCUUGGUCAUCUGCCACCAAGCUGUCAUGCGCUGCCUGCUGGCUUAUUUCCUGGAUAAGAGCGCGGAUGAGCUGCCCUACCUCAAGUGUCCCCUCCACACGGUGCUCAAGCUGACCCCCGUCGCGUACGGGUGCGAGGUGGAAUCCAUCUUCCUCAACAUCGAAGCGGUCAACACCCACCGGGAGCGACCCCAGAACGUCGACAUCAGCCGCCCUCCGGCCGAAGCCCUGGUCACCGUCCCCGAGCACUAUUGA